CCUGUCACAAUAAAAAUGUUUAUUUGUGCAAAAGUCUAAUCGGGUCAAGAAUGUAUUACCUUUUUCCUAAAGUUGAACUAUAAUUUUGUUAAUGGUAGAAAUGGAACUUUUUAAGAUUCUUAACUAUUAGUCACUGGGACAGUCCACCAUCAGAUUGACCAACAAUUCGGGCUCUGUAAAAAUCACAAAUUCCUUUGGAAUUUUCACUUAGGCAUGCCUAUAGCUGGUCAGUAUAUUCCAGUAUGAAAAGAAGGAAGCAAAUAAUGGCCAUAAUGUCAAACAAUUGGGUGCAUACAUUUUCUCAAAAGCAUAUAUCUGUUUAUUUUCUGAACAUUGACAUAAUUUGAAUGUAUUUUGCAUGACUUUUUUCUUUUUAAAUCCUUGCCACAAGCUGUUACAUAAUGAUACAUGUAUUCAAUUAUGUUGUUCAUAUUAAGCAGUUUCACUAAAAAAAAUAUUUUCCAAAUUGACCGGAUGCCCCAAUAAAUCCGAACUGACUCGGGGUUAAACGGGGUUAAUAACACGCCUUAUUAUUGUUUCGUGUUGCUUCCUUUUGUACUAUUUUUUUCUGUUGAUAUGUAGGUUAUAAAGCGAGGAAAUUCGCGCGCGCUACUGUAACCCAAAUCUGGAGCGUCCAGUAAUCAGAGCGCGCGACCCACACAGUCAGCGACUGAUUCUGACCGCGAGCAGAACAUCAAAGACCGAGAAAGCUCCGCGUUCCGCUUUUAAACGGGGCGGGUCGGUUUUCCACGUCAUUUCAGUACGAAAAUUUCAAGGCAGCACAAAGCCGGGCCGUAUAUAGAGUAUAAAUGUCGCCGAUUAUGUUUCGGAAACAGCCCGUUGGUGGUAUCAUAGCAGAAUGCGCGUGAGCGUCCUGACUGUGCUCGUGCUGGCGGCGCUCGUGCGCUUUUGCCCAGGUGAGGAGAGUAGAAGGUGCGCGCAGGUGAACUGCCUGGCGAGCUGUCUGCCUUUACCCAUGAUGAAAGACAUGAUCAAGACUCUGAAGAGCAUCUGCAUGCUUAGGCCUAGUGACGACAGACGCCACAAAAGAUAUUUGCCAAAGUUAUAUAUAAAGAAGCUGAAUAUCGCAGACUUUGACAAGAUGCUGGGAAUCUAUGAAGAUCAUGUAUUCAAGAAGCUGUGGAGUCAUGACAUAGAUUAUGCAGAAAGAUUUAUCCAUUCCUUCUACAGACUAAGAGUCAGUGUGGAACUCUGUAAGGACCGUGGUCAAGCAGAAUUGACUAGAUAUGCAAGAAAGAAGAUCAAGGGAAUGGAAGAAGCUUUCAAAAAGUUGCAAUCGGAAGAGCUGUUAAAAGCAGCAGGAGAGUUUGAGACAAUACUCCGUUGGAUCAGCCUUUAUACUGAUAAAAAGCUGUCACACAAAAAAUGCCAGUAGUCAGUGACUAUAAACUAUGACUGAGUCUGCAAAGAAACAGAUGAAGAGGUAGGGCUGGGCACUAUGACAAUCUAACAUAUCAUGGUAACAUAUAAAAUAAAAAUAAAUUAAACUUUAACACUGAACAUUACUAUUACUGUACAUAGUUUGUACUUACUAUCACAAUAAGUAAAAACUAUGAACACCACAUCAGCUGCUUCCAGAAAAGAUGUUAUGAUAAACAAUAUAUCUCAAAAAAACAUAUUUUGAUAAACAAUUGUUCACAGUUUUGAUUAUAUCCUGUCAUAUUGUCCAGCUGAAAGUAGAGGUUUAAAUUGUGACUACUGUAGCAACAUGAUCUCAUUCGUAACAAUUUCAGUCAACGUUAUGAGUGGGGCAUGGCAAAUGUUUAUGCUUUUGCUUGAGACUUUUUUUGAAAUGUAAAAUAAUUUUAUCACAUCACCACUGCUUGCUUUCACAUGAAUGUCUCACAAGACCAGGUGGUAAUAUUACACCAAUAGGCUCCUGUUCACUUUGCACACCUGGCAGUCAGAUGGCACUGUAAGAAUGACUUCAGCUCCCACUGAAUGAUGAGUCAAACCAUGUGGGAACCUGAUAGGACUUCAGGAACCCAUGGUGACUUUUUACUUGGUCCAGUAACUUAAUCCAUUGUCUUAGUGUUGACUGUUUAUGUGGGGCAGACAAGAUGCAGCUGACUGACCCUGAAGCUAAAGAAUAUUUUAUUGUGAUAUAAAUAUUUAUUAUUUCAAAAAAUAACUAUUUUUUUGCUUAUGUAAUUUAUUACAAUAAGAUUUUUAUUUAUUAUUUCAAAAUUUUUGGCUAUUACUGUAAGUAGACAUUAUCUGAAAAUUCAAGGUGAUGUUUAAAAUU